CUGCGAAUGCACGCAGCCCUCAAGGUUCUCGUCGCAAUAUGCAUCGCCGGCCUGCUCAAGCCUACUACCCGCAGGUGUACGGCAUCUCCCGUCAACAGCCCAUUCAAGCGCACAGAACCGGGAUGGCGCGCUCCCCUCUUGGCCAGCCACCACAACAAUCAUUCCUAGGAGGCACCCCACCGGUGCACCGCAGUCCACUGCAAUGUGGUCCACCGCCACAGAGACCUCUGUGCAUCUCUCACUUCUCGCCUUCGAGUGUCGGACCCUAUCCACACAGCGCCAUCGCAACUUUCGAAUCAGAGGAUCUCACAAGACAGCCCAACUUCGAAGACCUCUUCUUCGACUUGCUCUUUGUGGCAAAUUUGGCAGUGUACACGGGCGCAGUUGACAUUUCAACAAUGGCCGAGGUGCGCGGCUUUCUGGGCUACUUUGUCUUGUUGUGGUGGACCUGGUACACCCACUGCCUCUUCGACGUCCGUUUCCGAACACGCCUCGGUAUGAGGAAGAGCAAGUUCGUAUACUGCUCGCAAAUACUCACUCGCCUCUUCCAGAUCGGGGUAUAUGUCGCCUUUACGACAGCAGCUGGGCAAUUUGCACGAGGAGACUUCCGGUCAUUCUCCAAGAUUUACGCAUUGAAUCGCUUUUCCUUGGCGCUGGAUUAUGGUAUCAUCACUGUCGACGCAAUCCGGCAUGAGUGGUGGGCGACUGGUGGGACUGGGCAAAGUCCCGGAGGAACCUCCGUCACGAGGACGGUGAGGAGAAGCGUGGGACCACUUGUUGGCUUUGCCUCCAACGCUGUAGCGUGCAUGAUCUGGGCCCUUUCUAGCCGCAUGUCGAUGGAGGAAGAUCACUACAAGCCCGACCGCUUUAUAGUCUGGGCUUUUGCGACUAUCAUCGAGAUGAUCCUCAUCUUCCUAGCAGAAUGGCAAUGUCAAUUCAGCUCCCUUCGUCACACGCACAUCUGUGAACGUCUGGCUCUUUUCGCCAUUGUCAUCUUGGGCGAGGGGUUUAGCUCACUCGGUCAAAUCCUCAAUCUACUGGCGCCAGGACUCAAGAUCAAGCCUCUUGACGGCUCAUCGGUGCACUCGGUACGCAAUGAUGGCUGGGACGCAGAUGUGGUCAUGCAGACUACCUCUGCUGUGCUCAUACUCUGCUGCGCAUUCAUCACUUACUACCGCGAUGCUGCAAUAGAAAUGAAGAAUCGGAGCUCCUUGUUGAUUGUGACGUGGAGCUACGUGCACAUCAUCUACUUUGCGGCGGCUGCGCUGCUCAUCAUCGGGCUCAGGAGGCUCAUCGCCUUUCACAACACAUUUUCUGCCGUCACUACCUUCUUACAUGCCCCAACCAGAUAUUUGCCCAACACCCCUUUCUACGCAGGAGUCAAUUCAACGGCCAUUGCCGGUCUGCUCGGGCAGGAGGUGAAUGGUACACUCUACCGCCCACCUCAAAACGAUCCCUUGAAUUCGCCAGAAGCCCACGUCUAUGCAGUCAUGUCUGUGAUUCAAGGUUUCAGCGGCGCUUGGAUCCCUUCGGUGGAGCAAGCCCUGGCCCUCGUCGAGUCUGCCCUACCUCUGAUCGAGACAGACGUGGGACCGACGGUAAAGAGUCAGAUUCCUGGCUUGAUGCAAUACGUCGAUACGCUCAAAAAGGUGCAGACGGUCGAUGGUCUAAUCCUCGACAAGCUCUUUGAAUUCGAGUACGUCUAUUGCGCCGUGGCCGUCAUCUACAUCUGCGACUGUCUCAUCAAGGGGCUUCAAGCUGGGAAGGCUCACAUCAGAGCUCGACUGCCCACACUCACCAUUCGCUUUGGUACAGGCAUCAUGCUCCUCUGCAUUCAAAUCCUUUACCUGCACUACUCUACCUACCCUUCCUGGGGCAUCAUCAAUGGUGGCAUGCCCAUCUUGGCCUCGGUCAUGCUCGGAGAGAUUGCUGUGCAGAUGUCCAUGGACUGGUAUUUGCUCCGCACACGGACCAGGAGAGAGCGCAAGGACGACGAGGCGACGAUGCACUUUUGGCAGCAGAAGGGGGAAAAGGACAGGGCGAUGAUGAUGGAGCAGCAGCAGCGGAGAGACGAGGAAGGCAGCCAAAGUCAGAGUUCCGAAGGCUCUGAGGAGGAACAGGAGGAGCGCCUGGCUGAUAGAGUGCAGGUAGUCACUGAGCAGGACCCUUCUCGGCUGCAAGUGCCACAUGCUCAUCCGCCUCUGCGAGUGCGACCCUUGGUGCCUCGGGUAGAGGAGCCGCUUGAGCCGUCGGUUCAAGGCCAAGCGGGUCUGCGGUCUUCCGGGAGGUACUUGCGUAAAUUAUCCCACCGCCCGUCUCCUAAACCCUAUGAUCGCUUCUGACCCAACCUCGGUGUAGAGAAGCGCAUGACAGGCGGGCAAACACGUUAAGCGGACCUAUUAGCCAAAUGGCCUUGCGAAUCGAGGGAAGGAGAAGGUCUGAAUGCCACCCCCGUACAAACACGCACACACACACACACACAUAGCGAGCCACUUGCAUAUUUCGAAAAGCCCGGUCAAGUCUUGGCGAUCUUCUUGGCAAUUCUCCUAUGUGUCUGCAUCCCUUCCGUGCCUGCUUGA